CCGUGGCAUCUACAUGUUCCGCAUCAACAACGAGCACGUCAUUGACGCCACACUGACGGGGGGCCCGGCCAGGUACAUCAACCACUCGUGUGCCCCGAACUGUGUGGCCGAAGUCGUGACCUUCGACAAGGAGGACAAGAUCAUCAUCAUCUCCAGCCGGCGCAUCCCCAAGGGGGAGGAGCUCACCUACGACUACCAGUUCGACUUCGAGGACGAUCAGCACAAGAUCCCCUGCCACUGUGGAGCCUGGAAUUGCAGGAAGUGGAUGAACUAGCUGGGAAAAACGGGGCUGGGGGCAGCCACCCCCGCCUGGGAGACCUCGCCGAGCCCCUCCCCGGGGCCGCGGGAGGUGCCAGGGGCAGCCGGGCACGGAGGGAGGAGCGGCCGCGGCGCCGCCGGCCCUGCCCGGGCGGGACGGACAGACGGACGAACUGGCAACUCAGGGUUUUCUUUGCUUCGUCCUGCGAGGGAAAAAAACAAACAAACAGACGGAGUGGGGGGCUCGGAAGCCCCCCCUUCAGCACCCCCCCUCCCCGCCAGCCUCUCUCGUGGGGGAGCCACGGGGGAGCAGCGCCGGGCCCAGCGCGCGGAGCCGGCCCGGAUAUAACGAUUAUUUUAUUCUAUUUUAUUUUAUUUUAUUUUGUUUUCGGUUCUUUUGGGAUUUUUGUUGGUUGUUUUUUUUUUUUCUUUUUGGUUUUUUGUUUUUGUUUUGUUUUGUUUUGUUUUUUUUUUUAGAAACUAAUAAUAUUUGCUCGCUAAUUACCAAGGUAA